AGCAAGCGCGCUCGCGGCCUCCUCGCCUCAGCCCUCCAAAUGAAGCCUUUCUUGGAACGGCUUUCCACUCGGCCCCCACCUGCGGACUUCCGGCCGGCUACCCUUCCACCGCCCCGCCCCACAAGGGCGGAGGAUGCUGGCCUUCACCAAUCAUUGAGCGCGUGUGGUAGGAGUGGGUGGGGCCUGAGAGAUUCGAAAGGAGCCCCGCCCCCUCGGAGCGGGUUCCCUGGACAAGGUUGUGGGAGGAAAACACCUUCCGCGGGAGCUCCGGGGUCUAAGCUGACUUUUGCUCCUGCUGGCUGGAACAUGGAAGAUUUAGAAGAAGAUGUAAAGUUUAUAGCAGAUGAGACCUUGGACUUUGGGGGGCUGUCACCAUCUGACAGUCGAGAGGAAGAAGAUACAGCAGUGUCGGUGACUCCGGAGAAACCCCUCCGACGAGGUCUCUCCCAUCGAAGUGACCCAAAUGCAGUGGCCCCCGCCCCCCAGAGUCUGAGGCUCAGUUUAGGCCCCCUCAGCCCAGAGAAGCUGGAAGAAAUCCUCAGUGAAGCCAACCGGCUGGCAGCUCAUCUGGAACAGUGUGCCCUGCAGGAGCGGGAGAACACCGGUGAGGGCCCGGGGCCUCGAAGGGUGAAGCCCAGCCCUCGGCGGGAGACCUUUGUGCUCAAGGACAGUCCUGUCCGAGACCUGCUGCCCACCGUGAGCUCUUUGUCUCGGAGCACUCCCUCCCCAAGCAGCCUGACACCCCGACUCCGGAGCAGCGAUAGGAAGGUGUCAGUCAGGGCUCUUCGAGCAACAUCUGGAAAGAGGCCCUCCAGCAUGAAGAGGGCCCACCUACCUCUGUCAGACCAGUCUUGGCUCCACAGCCUUCUACCAGCAACUCUCAGCGCCUGUCUCGGCCACAGGGAGCAGCUGCUAAACCUUCCAGUCGACUGCCUGUUCCGUCGGCCAUUCCCAGGCCUGCCAGCAGGAUGCCACUCACCAGCCGGAGUGUACCAUCCAGCAAAGGUGCCCUUCCUCCAGAUUCCCUGCCAGCUCGGAAAGGACUUCCAAGACCAAGUGCCGCAGGGCACAGAGGUCCUGUUUCUCAGCGACCAAAUCUUCCCAUCCCUGGUGCCGGUCGCAGCAAUCUGCAGCCCCCCAGGAAAGUUGCAGUCCCAGGACCUACCAGGUAAAGAGAUCAGGACAGCAAGCAAGAAUUCAGUAGCAAACUACUAUAGUCACUGCCUGGACUCACCUCUGUAUUCAGCUUCCCAAGCUCUCUCCUUGGAGGCAGGCCUGACUCCAGCUGAUUCUGGCCCAGGGACAGAAGGAAGAGCUGCCACCAUGGCUGGUGCCCCAGGAGUAGAGACCAUGGGAGAUAGGGUGGAUUCGGGUUGAGCUGGAGGGGAAUCAAACUCUCAGUUGAAACAAGAUAGGAAAAAGAGGUUGCCUCCCAGUGGUGAAGUUAAACAGGAAAUAAGAAAUGCUCGAAAGUGGUUUGUCCUCAUCCACCCCCAUUCUUGUGUCUAGCUCCACAGAGUUUGAUUUUCAUCCCAGGCUUUGGUUCGAUGGACAUUUACAUGUGAAUGGCCUCUGUAGCUAACCUCCGUGCUCUCCAAGGAGCAGUCCUCCUGAAUAACAUCCUCUGCUGGACUCAGGCCUGUUUGGAGAGGCAGAGGCAGGCAUCUGGUCUCCAGAACUUGUUUCCUGUGGAUUCUAUGACUCCUAACAGGCCAGUUUAUGAUGAGCUUACUCCAUUGGUCUGCAUUUUUCUAAAAUAAAAUGAGUAUAUUUUUAUAUUCUGAAUACAUGUGGAAGUAAAUCCUGCUCUAAUGUCUAACAAAUUUAGAGUAAACUCCUGUGUAAUUCCAAUGAGGGAGCCAGGAUGGGCUUCCCAGGCAGGGGUCUGAAUAGGCCUUAGGCCCU